AUGCGUUUCACAUUCAUCGUUCUCUGUUCCAUUGCAUUACUUCUCAGUUUAACGACAGCACUUCCCAUUCAUGAUCGUCGUACACAACGUGGACUAGUUCCGGAUUUAAGUGGUUUAAGUGGUCUAUUUAGCGGAACCUUCACAUUCCCUGAAAUUGAUUGGGAUGCAUUACAUGCAAGUAUUGCUCAAUGGACUGAAGAAAAUGGACAUUUAUUACAAGGAAAUAAGUAA